AUGGGAGAAAUUGGCAAGGUGUGCUCUAGGGGGCCAAGGAUCAGUGAUGACCGUGGGGCUAUGAUGGUAUGGGAUGGCGAACUCCAAUUCUGGGAGGAUUUGGGUGCUGCAGAUACUGGCACAGAGGCUGACCAUGUGGAGGCUGCCAUCCUCGAGGAAGACGAGGGUCUGGAGAUAGAGGAACCUAGCAGCCUGGGGCUGAUGGUGGGUGGCCCCGACCCUGACCUACUCACCUGUGGCCAGUGUCAGAUGAACUUUCCGCUGGGGGACAUCCUGGUUUUUAUAGAGCACAAGAAGAAACAGUGUGGGGGCCUGGGCGCCUGCUACGACAAGGGCCUGGACAAGGGCAGUCCUCCACCCUCCUCUCGCUCUGAGCUCAGGAGAGUGUCCGAGCCAGUGGAGAUCGGGAUCCAGGUCACCCCUGAUGAAGAUGACCACCUACUGUCACCCACGAAAGGCAUCUGUCCCAAGCAGGAGAACAUUACAGGGCCGUGCAGGCCUGCCCAGCUGCCAUCGAUGGCCCCCAUAGCUGCCUCCUCUUCCCACCCUCCCACAUCCGUGAUUACUUCACCUCUGCGUGCCCUGGGCGCUCUCCCACCCUGCUUCCCGCUGCCUUGCUGUGGCGCGCGCCCUGUCUCGGGCGACGGGACUCAGGGUGAGGGUCAGAUGGAGGCUCCCUUUGGAUGCCAGUGUCAGUUGUCAGGUAAAGAUGAGCCUUCCAGCUACAUUUGUACAACAUGCAAGCAGCCCUUCAACAGCGCCUGGUUCCUGCUGCAGCACGCGCAGAACACGCAUGGCUUCCGCAUCUACCUGGAGCCCGGGCCUGCCAGCAGCUCGCUCACGCCCAGGCUCACCAUCCCGCCUCCACUCGGGCCCGAGGCCGUGGCGCAGUCCCCACUCAUGAAUUUCCUGGGGGACAGCAACCCCUUCAACCUGCUGCGCAUGACAGGCCCCAUUCUGCGGGACCACCCUGGCUUCGGCGAGGGUCGCCUGCCAGGUACGCCGCCGCUUUUCAGCCCACCGCCACGCCAUCACCUGGACCCACACCGCCUCAGUGCAGAGGAGAUGGGGCUCGUGGCCCAGCACCCUAGUGCCUUCGACCGAGUCAUGCGCCUGAACCCCAUGGCCAUAGACUCUCCAGCCAUGGACUUCUCUCGGCGGCUGCGAGAACUGGCUGGCAACAGCUCCACGCCGCCACCCGUGUCCCCAGGCCGUGGCAACCCUAUGCACCGGCUGCUGAACCCUUUCCAGCCCAGUCCCAAGUCCCCGUUUCUCAGCACGCCACCGCUGCCACCCAUGCCCGCGGGCACGCCGCCACCACAGCCGCCCGCCAAGAGCAAGUCCUGUGAGUUCUGCGGCAAGACCUUCAAAUUCCAGAGCAAUCUCAUCGUGCACCGGCGCAGCCACACGGGCGAGAAGCCCUACAAGUGCCAGCUGUGCGACCACGCGUGCUCGCAGGCGAGCAAGCUCAAGCGCCACAUGAAGACGCACAUGCACAAGGCGGGCUCGCUGGCUGGCCGCUCGGACGACGGGCUGUCGGCUGCCAGCUCCCCAGAGCCGGGUACCAGCGAGCUGCCCGGUGACCUCAAGGCAGCGGACGGUGACUUCCGUCACCACGAGAGUGACCCAUCGCUGGGCCCCGAACCCGAGGACGAUGAGGAUGAGGAGGAGGAAGAAGAGGAGCUGCUGCUGGAGAACGAGAGCCGGCCUGAGUCGAGCUUCAGCAUGGACUCGGAGCUGGGCCGCGGCCGUGAAAACGGGGGCGGUGUGCCGGGCGUGGCGGGUGCGGGUGCCGCAGCUGCGGCGCUGGUGGAUGAGAAAGCGCUGGCACUGGGCAAGGUGAUGGAGGACGCGGGGCUGGGCGCGCUGCCACAGUAUGGGGAGAAGCGUGGCGCCUUCCUGAAGCGUGCAGGUGAUGCGGGUGACACGGGUGCUGGUGGCUGCGGGGACGCAGGUGCACCUGGAGCGGUGAACGGGCGUGGUGGGGCCUUCGCACCUGGCGCAGAGCCCUUCCCAGCACUCUUCCCGCGCAAGCCAGCGCCACUGCCCAGCCCCGGGCUUGGUGGCCCCGGGCUGCACGCGGCCAAACGCAUCAAGGUGGAGAAGGACCUGGAGCUGCCACCUGCCGCGCUCAUCCCAUCGGAGAACGUGUACUCGCAGUGGCUUGUGGGCUACGCCGCUUCACGCCACUUCAUGAAGGACCCAUUCCUGGGCUUCACAGAUGCGCGCCAGUCGCCUUUCGCCACGUCGUCCGAGCACUCGUCUGAGAAUGGCAGCCUGCGCUUCUCCACGCCUCCGGGGGACCUGCUGGAUGGUGGGCUGUCGGGGCGCAGCGGUACGGCGAGCGGGGGCAGCACGCCUCACCUGGGUGGCCCGGGGCCUGGGCGGCCCAGCUCCAAGGAGGGCCGCCGCAGCGACACGUGCGAGUAUUGCGGCAAGGUCUUCAAGAACUGUAGCAACCUGACAGUGCACCGGAGGAGCCACACCGGAGAGCGGCCUUACAAGUGCGAGCUGUGCAACUACGCGUGCGCGCAGAGCAGCAAGCUCACGCGCCACAUGAAGACGCACGGGCAGAUCGGCAAGGAGGUGUACCGCUGCGACAUCUGCCAGAUGCCCUUCAGCGUCUACAGCACCCUGGAGAAACACAUGAAAAAGUGGCACGGUGAACACUUGCUGACUAAUGAUGUCAAAAUCGAGCAGGCCGAGAGGAGCUAA